AUGAGCAUUGAGUGGGCUGAAGAUGACGGUCUUCCUUCUGGGGUAGUUCGAGUGGACUGUGAAGGACCAAAAGAUGGUAAAACCUAUGUCAUGUACCAUGGCACAAAAAGGGCAAAUGUUUCAUUGAUCCGGGCUUCAGGUUUUCGUCAGUCUUCAGGCGGGAUGCUGGGUCGGGGCGUGUACCUCAGCAGAGACCUCCAGAAAGCAAGUGGGUAUCCUAUCGGUCACCCUGAGCGUGACAGGGUUGUUAUUAAGGUUCAGGUCAACGUGGGAAAAGUAAAGGCCAUCGAUCGUCAGAAUCACCCACUUCAGAAGACCUGGCAUGAAGAAGGAUACGACACUGCCUGGGUGCCACCUAACUGUGGGAUGGUGUCAAGUGGCCGGGAAGAGAACUGUGUCUGGGAUCCCAAGCGAAUCACAAUCCUUGAGACCAUUGAACCAAAACCUCAGAGCGUGGUUCGGAUGGACCGUGAAGGACCAAGAGAUGGUAGAACCUACGUCAUGUACCAUGGCACCACCAGUGCGAGUGCUCAAUCUAUCCUGGCUUCAGGUUUUCGCCAGUCUUCGGCUGGGAUGCUCGGUCGCGGUGUGUACCUCAGUAGAGACCUGGAGAAAGCGAGUCGCUAUCCCAUCGAUUGCCUUGAGUGUGACAGGGUUGUCAUUAAGGUUAAGGUCAACGUGGGAAAGGUGAAGGCCAUCGAUCGUCAGAACCACCCACUUCAGAAGACCUGGCAUGACCACGGUUACGACACCGCCUGGGUGCCCCCCGGCUGUGGGAUGGUGAAGAGCGGCCUGGAGGAGAAUUGUGUCUGGGACCCGAAGCGAAUCUCAAUCAUUGGCACCAUCAAACCAAAACCUGUCCAGGAUGCUGGAGGCAGCGCAUGGGGUUACAAGGGUGCAACGAUACACAAAAUUCACGGUUCGGUUCGAUACUUUGGUGUCACGAAGCAGAGUGAGACACAGACUCCAUUUUUGGGUCAGCCUGCAGAGAGAGACAAUCACACCAACAUCAGAAUCAGAAAAAUGAACUUCCAGUGGGCUGAAGAUGACUUCCUGCCUCCAGGGGUAAUACGAGUGGAUCGUGAAGGACCAAGAGAUGGUAAAACCUACGUCAUGUACCAUGGCACCGACAGUGCGAGUGCAAAAAGCAUCCUGAUGACAGGUUUUCGCCAGUCUUUGAAGGGGAUGCUCGGUCCAGGGGUCUACCUCAGCAGAGACCUGGAGAAAGCAAGCCGUUAUCCCAUUGAUCACCCUGAGUAUGACAGAGUUGUCAUUAAAGUUAUUGUCAACGUGGGAAGGGUGAUCAUCAUCAACCAUCAGGACCACCCACUUCAGAAGACCUGGCAUUACCAUAACUACGACACCGCCUGGGUGCCGCCCGGCUGUGGGAUGGUGAAGAGCGGCCUGGAGGAGAAUUGUGUCUGGGAUCCGAAGCGAAUCACAAUCAUCGGCACCAUCAAACCAAAACCUGUCCAGGGCGCUGGAGGCAGCGCAUGGGGCUAUAGGUAAACUCCAGGAGCAGGUUCUGAUUAUUUUGUACGUUCAGAUGUAUUUUUAUAUAUUUGGAUAAAAUAAAUGACAUGUUCUUCUGUAACCGUGUCACUGUAACCCGAAGAAUA